CAUAUCGUCCACACAUUUUAGCAUCAAGUCAGCACUAUAUCUUGUUUCUCAUUUCCCGACAGACUAGUGUAGUGAAGUUAAAUUAGGGCACAACUCAUCUGAGGAACAAGUUCAACACAACACAUCUAAGUUUAGCUUUACAAUUUCAAGAUGGAACCUCCUACUGAUUUGUUGGAUGAGAUACUCUGCCGCCUCCCAGUCAAGUAUCUUCUUCGGUGCAGAUGUGUGUCGAAAGGAUGGUGCUCCCUAAUUGAUAGCACCCCCUUUGUUAAGAAGCAUCUCAACAAGGCCCUUGAGUGCAAUGCUGGUGGUCUUAUUAUUAAUGAAGGCGGGAAGUUUUACUUGGCUGAGGAUUUUAACUCUGAUUUGGAUGGUAGUGAUGAUAAUGUUGAUGUGGUCGCGGCAGAGAUAACUCGUCCACUCAAGACUCGUGUCUCUGGUGCUAAUUUUGUGGGUUCUGCUAAUGGUUUAGUUUGUGUGUCCAAGAAUAAGAUGAAUGAGUUCUUUAUAUUUAAUCCAGCAACCAGGAAGUCGAGAAAAAUACCCAGUGCUCCACGUGAGUUUCCACUUUCGUUUCAUAUGACGGAGACUUCCUUGUGUGGAUUUGGAUAUGAUCAAGUAAAUGAUGACUAUAAAGUUGUGAAGAUUGCUGAGUGUUAUCUUCAGUUUCGCGGCAUAAUGGCCUUUGUCUACAGUCUCAAAACAGACUCUUGGAAACGGAUUCAGAAUGUUCCUAGUAACACUCGGUUCACAGGAAAUUGGGGAAUGUUUGGAAAUGGAGCUCUGCACUGGUUGGCUAUCAAGAAUCCAGCAAACUGCAUAGAAAUUGUUGUUGGUUUUGAUCUCGGGCUAGAACAGUUCAAGGAGGUCCCUUUUCCUGUUAUUGAGGGCCCUUUUGUCAAUUUUAAUACCAGGAGUCUGGUAUCGGAUGGAAGUUCCCUUUGUGUUCUUGAUAUGUACCCUAAUUCUCGUAUAGAUGUGUGGGUGAUGAUGAAUAAUUCCGGGGAGGAGAACCUUUGGUCCAAAGCACUUUCUGUGGAUAAACACGGGAUGCCUGGGUUUUCAAGGUUUGUUAGACCUGUCCAUAUUUCAUGGAGUAGCCAGAGUGUACUCUUAGAGAUAGACAGCUCAAGACUUGUGUGGUAUGACCUUGAAAGGAAAAUGGUCAAGAAUGUUAAGGUUCGUGGGAUCACAAACCAGUUUGAUUCACAUAUGUAUACUCAAAGUCUCAUACAGCUCGAUGAGGACAAUCAGCUGCAGAAGCCUUCACAUGACAAGCCACCGAAGGAACAACAAAAGAGAAGGGAUGAUUUCCUCUCCAGGGGAUUCAAACUGAGUAUCUGAGAUCAAGGACUGCACUAGAUGAGAGAAGUAGAGUUGUAGAUCGUGUUUGGAACAGAAGGGAGUUAACCUAAGCAAUGCAUCAGUUGGCGUUCUUGUCAUUGUUCAUUUCUCCUCCCCUUUUGUUUGUUAACUUUAGUUGUUGGCAUUUGUUUGAGUAAACCAAGUACAAUGUUAGUUUGAGUAUUGAGUUGCUUUAGUUGCUAUGAUUAUGAUGUUGAAUGAUACUGUUACUGGCUUGUUUGAUUAAUAUGACUACCGUGUUUCUUAUA